AUGAAACAAGAAGAUGAAGAAAUGGACCCGGUCGCCACCGCCGCGAUGUUGCCUGAAGCAGACGAUGUUGAUGGUACUUCACCCGCGGAGGGGGCGGAGGACGAAAACGACGAUGAUUGGGGGCCCGCAUUCUUUGAGGAGGAAGAUGAGUGUGUGUCACUUCUUGUGCGUUUGCAGGAGGCCUUGCAGCUGCAAGACGACCGUGACGCCACUCUUCCUACUGUCGCUGAAGAUCCAAAUGGUGUGGCGGCAGCGUUAUAUCGUCUUGAUCGUAUCAUCGCCCGCUAUCAGGAGUCCCCGCAUCUGCUGCACGGGUACUUGGAGGUGCUGCUUGGGCCACUUGUGGCGACGUUGCAAGACCUUCUCCCUGCUGCCACGGAUAUAUGGCGCAUGGAAGAUGGAAUUGAGAGACCAGAAGGUGAUAAUGCGGUGUCGGCGCAGGAGGAACCUGAUUACACGCUGGGUGCAAACUAUGAUGAGUACGAUGUGGACGCAGCGAAGACGGCGAUUCACCACGUUAGCCGUGCCAUUUAUGUCAUUGUGAAAACCGCGGGUGAAAAGUGUUGUACGUCAUAUUUCUCCAACGAUGUGAAACUCUAUGAAGAUGUGUUUUACGCCCUGCGUUUGUGGCAGCGUAGUGCCAAAUACCGCCGUGAAUGGGAAGUCCGCUAUUGUCUGCUGCUAUGGCUCUCAAACCUCGUACUUGUUCCGUUUUCACUGAGUAUCAUUGACUCCACAGAUCGUGGCGGAUCCCUCUCCGACGCCGUACUUGAGACGGCAAUGGCGUUUUUGAGUGACACUUCCAAGUGUCGUGAGGGGGCGGCUCUUCUUGUUGCUCGGCUCCUUACAAGGCCGGACGGAGAGGCGCAUCGUAGGCGUUUCUUUGCGUACGCCAGAGAAGUGAUUACAGACAUCUCCAAGAGCAGUUUCCCGUUACACGGUGUGCUUCUGGCCCUUGCAAAGACGCUAAAAUGUGGGCAACGCCGUGAAUUGGCGCCCUACGCCCCGGGGCUUAUCCCAAUCGUCGCUGGUGUGCUGGAGUCCCGCAGUAGUGAUGCGUUGGUGUGCAAAGCAGCCGUAAAGGUGGAACAGCGGCUGGCACUCGUCUUGUUGAGGGGCCGUUCUGCCCCGUGGAAGUACCAAAGACAUGUGACGUCUCUCGACAAAAAUUUGGCUGUCUCUACGCCUUUAGACGUUGCUGCGGAUGUGAAUUCCUCAAUUGGGGCCCAUCGGACCGUUGACAAUGGCAACCACAAUAAUAAUAAUAAUAAUAAUAAUGGUAAUAAUAAUAGCAAUAAUAAUGGGGAAAAGGAUGUCGAAAAUGAGAAUGAUGAAUGUGCGGUUGAGAAUGACGAGGGAUUAGAAGAGGCCAUUGGACUGAUGCUUGUGAAUCUGAGCCACAAGGACACGGUUGUGCGUUGGAGUGCAGCAAAGGGCAUUGGCCGCAUAUGUGAACGGCUACCGCGAGUAAUGGCAGAAGACGUGAUUGUUGCCGUAUUGGAUGUGUUCACGAAUGAACAUUCUGACAGCAGUUGGCAUGGUGGGUUGCUUGCUGUGGCGGAGUUGUGUCGAAGGAGCAUCUUACACCCGCAGCACCUUCCUACAAUGCUCCCACGGAUCACUCAGGGACUUGCGUUUGAUUUGAUUAAGGGAACAUAUAGCGUCGGCUCGCAUGUACGUGACGCCGCGUGUUACGCUUGCUGGUCCAUCGCUCGCGCGUAUGAUGCAUCAGACAUUGAGGUGCACGUGCAUAAACUCAGCACCAGCCUCGUUGUUACUUCUCUAUUUGACAGAGAAGUUCACGUCCGGCGAGCGGCGGCGGCGGCCUUCCAGGAAUGUGUUGGACGGCUCGGAAAUUUUCCUGAUGGUAUUCGCCUUGUCACGACGAUGGAUUUCUUCUCUCUUGCAUCACUGCAGAACGCGUAUUUGCACGUUGCCCCAUUGGUAGCAGAGAACGAGUCCUACAGGGAGCGCAUGCUGGAGGAACUUGUAGCGAACAAACUAAUGCAUUGGGAUCGACGUGUGCGUUGCUGUGCCGCACGUGCCUUGGGCCUUCUGGCCACGUCAGAGGUGAACACGGCCAUUCGUGAAAUUGUGCCGGAGCUUUUACGUCGUGUGACCGAGAACUCGGUCGCCACGCGUCACGGUGCCAUCCUCGGCUUAGCGGAAAUGAUAGAGGGGUUUGACGCCUCUGUGUGGCCGGAAGACGUUCUCUCCCAGUUUGCGUCUCUGACGCCCCGCGUGGAUGCCGCGCGUUUGUUCCGCUCACGCGGUGGUGAGUACGUCCGGCAGGCCUGUUGCCGCCUGCUCGCUGCUCUUGCCCAUCGCCGCUUGAAUCUGCCGGAGACCAUUGAGGUGCAGAAAGUGGGGGGUGCUGUUGCCCGUGCCAAAACGUUGGGUAAACUGCAAGAAUUUUUUGAAGACACAUGGAAGCAAAUUCUUGAGUGGUUGCAGUUUGAUGCAGUUGACGCGUACGAAUCUUUUGCGGCGACGUAUUACACAGAGUUUAUUGCCCCCUUUCACCACAAGGUGUUGGAGAGGAUGUUGGACGGCAGCGGGGAGGAACGCAACCCGAUGGAACGCCGUGGGAACCUUCUCGCUAUGGGCGCACUGCCGUGGAGCGUUAUUUGUGCUGUGCCAUCAUCAACAACAACAGAGGAAGAGGAGAGGGAGGAAGGGAGGAGGGCGUACUUUUUGAUGCUUCUUCAUGCUGCAAUGAAGGGCACCAGGCCAGAAAAGCGUAAGGAAUUGCAGGACGCGGAGUCGCGCCGUAACGCCGUGCGUUCGUUGAGAAAAAUCCUACUCCGUAUUCCUCCGGGGUGUUUGCAGUUAACCUCCGAGUUGUAUGAAUGCGUUGUGCAAUGUAUCCUCAAUGCCUUGGACGACUACGCUGCGGACCGUCGCGGUGAUGUUGGUUCCUUUGUGCGUCUUGAGGCCAUUGAUGCUCUGCCGGCGGUUGUGCAGUAUGGAAUGCAGUGUGGCCUUUGUAGCCCGCUGCUGACGCUUCGUGCGGCGCAGGGGCUUCUAAAACAAUCCAUGGAGAAGUUAGAUCGACUCCGUGGGCGGGCAGUACUCAGUUUGUCAAGGCUUUCUCCCUUUCUCGACGACAUAGCCGACGAAGAGAAGGCAUCUGCCAUCUCGGUACUAUGCAAUGUCCUCAGCGAAAACAAGACGGCCGAAUGGUCCUUACCACAGGUUGCCUUCAUGACGUUGGCGUGCCCCCUGUUGCAAACGGAUUUGUUCGCACCAUGUGUGGUAGAGGGCCUUGCGGUCUCCGCCGGGUCGCUCUCUCUGCAUAUCAUGCAACCCGCGGUGAAUGCAUUUUUGCACGGCUUUCGGGUCUCAUUGGAAAAUCGAGUGUUUCUUUCGCACGUGUUAAUUGAGGUUGCAGCGAAGUAUGCACACAACGAGCGAGUCGUGGUGCCCUUGUGCGUCACGAUUAACCGGCUCAUGACUGUUGGGGUCUUUGACGAGUCGUGUCACAUGGACGUGGUGGAGAUUCUUCGAAAUGAAUUGAAGCACUAUGCCACCAGUAUUCACGUCCUUUUACCACUCGUUGGCGUGCUCGGGGAUCUCUGUCGUAGCAGCGUGCCCGAGGCUCGUGAGGCGGCGUGGGGCCUCAGCCUUGUGAUGAUCGCGAGCCGCUACCCCAAAGUGCGGGCGAAGAUGGCCACCGACAUGUAUACAGCCCUGCUUGUCUUCACUUCCGCCGAGGCGUCGGAUGGAUGUGCCAAAGCGAUGCAGCACCUUUCAGCGACGCAGUGGGACGCCAACGAGGUGGCGAAAGUCCGUGGCGCGCGUGACGCGUUGUACUGCAUGUUGAACAUAUCCCCUCCCUCCAAGCUUGCCGAGGGUGACGAGGUGCAGCAGCAGCAGCAGAAGAAGAAGGAGGGCCGGAUGGUGGCGGGCUCAUACCUUUACCUCGUGCAGGAGGCAGGGUACUAA